AGAAUAGGAAUAAAAGUAAGUGUACGUGAUGACAAAAAAAAAAAAAAAUUAAUUAAUUAAGAGGGUCUUGCCAUGGAAAGAUCCUCCUCGUCAUACAAUGACACAUAUCAUCCUUAAUUAUGGCUGGCGCCAGAUCAGAAUCAUCGAAAUUUACCGUUUUGGAAAUUUCUGGUAAAUACGUAAUUAGCCCGCAAUGGCACAAUCUCCGUCCACUCCUAACUCCCUACUUAACCGCGUAGCUUUUCUUGUUCGAUAAGCAUAAACAGAGAUACAAGAGCGAGCGAGAGAGGAGUUUAUUAUUUUGCAGAAAAACACAAACCAAAUUAUCUUGUAGAAAGAAAGCGAGAAAGAAAACUAUGGCGGAAGAAGGACAAGUGAUUAGCUGCCACACUGUUGAAGCCUGGACCGAGCAGCUCCAGAAGGGGAACGACUCCAAAAAGCUGAUAGUCGUUGAUUUUACCGCAUCAUGGUGUGGACCUUGUCGCUUCAUUGCUCCAUUCUUGGCUGAAUUGGCAAAGAAGCUGCCCACUGUCACCUUCAUAAAGGUGGAUGUGGAUGAGUUGAAGUCUGUUGCUCAAGAUUGGGCUGUGGAGGCAAUGCCGACUUUCAUGUUUCUGAAGGAAGGGAAAAUUGUGGAUAAGGUUGUUGGAGCAAACAAAGAUCUGCUGCAGCAGAGUAUUGCUAAGCACUUGAGUGCUGCUACUGCUACUGCCUCUGCCUAACGUGCUGUUCCUUCUCUUAGAGAGGCAUUAGCCUUGGAUGCGCUGCUAGAUAUGCGUCAUCCUCUAAAUUAGACGAUGGGCUUUGCGUUUGUAUUUUGCAAGUUAUAUAUUAUCUCAAAAAAAUGGUUUUAUAUAUAUCUCAUAAACAAGAAGCCUUGUUGUUACUCUUAUUUUGGCCUGUUAUGCUAAUCGUUUGUCAUCA